AUGAGGGACUCGUUCGCUUCCUUGCUGGCCUCGCGCGCCGGCAAGCUUGCCCUUUCGCUGCUCUUCACAUCGUCCGCCCACGCACUGAGCUUCACACCCGUUCCAUCACCCAAACUCAAUCUCGAGCAGCUCGGCCGAGUGGCAUUCGCCGGCGACUUCGACUCGAUAUCAAUAUACCAGUAUGAGGGCCAGAACCAGGCAAACACUGGGCGCACCGGAGCCCUCCUCUCACGGUACCCUAAUGGCAUCUUUGCCCCCAUUAAUGAGACAGAUGCCGACAUCAAGGCCAUGUGCACAUACCAAUCGAAUGGCCAGGACCGCAUAAUGUUUGCAGGAAACUUCACUAGUGUUGGAGACCUUGCCACCCCCGGUGGUGUUGCGCUGCUCGACCCCAACACCGGCAACGUGACAGCGAUAGAAGGCCUGGGUGGAGCUGUCAACACCCUUUACUGCGACGGCAAUCAGGUCUAUCUCGGUGGUCAGUUCAAUGGGGGCAACUCGACAAAUGCAAUCAUUUGGAAAGAUGGCUGGCAGGAUCUUUCGUUCCAGGGCUUCAGCGGGGUUGUGAACUCGAUCACGAAAGCAUCGAAUAACAAUAUUAUCUUUGGAGGAGAAUUUAACGGUCUGGGCGGCAAUGCGACAGUAGUGACGGAGAACAACACUCAAAUCAUUCCUAUCGCCAAUGCGCAAAUCUCAGCCCAGACGAGCUCCGGACUACCCGGAUUCACCGAACCGGCAGACAUCAUCUGCAAGAGCGACUUCUCGACUCAGGGCUCAGGUUCGACCUGGCUUCUUUCCGACCGCGCAUCUGGCUUUUGGAAGGCUGAGUUCGGGUUUGGCUUCCGCCCUACAAAGCUGCGUCUCUUCAACACCAAUUACGAGGGCCGUGGCACCAAGACGUUCCGUUUCACCGCGCUUCCAGACGGCGGCAUCAUGAACCUGACGUACACCGACCUCUCGACUGGCCGACCAGCAUACUGCGAUGCCAGAUGCCCCCUCCCGGAGGGCAAUACCACGGCACAAGACUUCACUUUCGUCAACAGCAUUGGAAUGGAUGCGUUCAAGAUCGACAUCUCGGACUGGUACGGCAACGGAGCUGGUCUGAAUGGCGUUCAGCUCUUUCAGGAUGAAAUGUACUCCUACGCUAUCAACGACUUCAAUGAGCCAGCAAACUGUAGCACAGCGACCUCCUCCUUAUCCGAGUCCACAUCCACUGGCUCAUGGCAGGUGACACCCUCGCACGAUAGCUUCUCGCAGUACCUCACCACCGUCUUGCAAGGGCCAGAUAUCUCCACUGACGCAGCAACCGUCACUUUCAGCCCGGAUCUCAAGCAGUCAGGCAACUAUUCUGUGACCAUCUACACGCCUGGGUGCAUAGGAGACGGCACCUGCGGAAGUCGUGGUCGUGUCAAUGUCACGACGCAAAUGUCCCAAGGCGGACAGGAUGCAGGUUCAGUCCUUUGGCAGACGAAUAACUAUGACAAAUACGACGAGAUCUACAAUGGACCCAUCAACAUCCGGGACGGGUUCAGGCCUUCAGUCACUUUGAGGCCUGCGUCUGGACAGGGACCUUCUGCAGUGACAAUCGUUGCACAAAGGGUUCGCUUCACCUUGUUGAGGGCUACAUCUGGUAAUCUCAACGGACUGUUUGAGUACACUGCUGGCCAAGCACUCGCUGACAUCGAGCUCUCCGAUUCCGUCAUCAACCAGGCUGGAGCUAGCCUGACACCACGCGAGAAGGCCGUUGUCGUGAGCGUCACCACUGGCAAUGACAACCUCUACGUUGCUGGCAGUUUCUCCACAGAUGAUGGCCGCAACAACAUCUUCCGUGUUGCCAACAACGCCCAAGGCCCUACAGCACUGGCAGGCAACGGACUCAACGAUCAAGUCAUGACCAUGUUCCACAAUGACAGCACGCUUUAUGUUGGUGGUAACUUCACCAACACUGAUGACGGCAAGUCGCAAGGACUCAAUGGCGUGGCCGCCUAUGCCAACAACCAGUGGACACCGCUCGGCGCUGGUGUCGAGGGUGUUGUACUAUUCCUCGUUCCGUUCGACCUCAACCUUACCGCCGGUUCCUCGGAGCAAGUCCUUGCAGUCAGCGGUUUCUUCGGGACUGUCAAUGCCUUCGACAACAACCCUGCAACGGUUGUGGAUGGUCUCGCAGUCUGGGUCCCAUCCCAGAAGAACUGGCUGCACAACCUUAAUACAACUACGUUUUCGGCUUCAGGUAGGCUGAUGGCGUACGCUGAUGCAGACGGUAACCGUUGGUUCGGUGGCUCCAUCACAUCAGGGUUCCUUGGUGCGAAUGGUGCUGCUGAGCUGAGCAGCGACAAUGCCGCGCUGUCUCUCCGCACCUUCCCCAUCGAUAUCACCAACCAGCAGCCACCGACCACACUUCGCAAGCGAGCCAUCAUGGACAGCGAUGACCUUCACACUACCGGAGUUCGUACUGGUUUCUUCUACAAGGAGAAUGGCAACAACAAGACUAUCUUGGCUGGACACUUCGCUGCCGAUGGCACUGAUGGACAGAACGUCACGAAUGUCCUGAUCAUCGAUGGCAACGACUCCGACAAAAUCACUGGGUUCGUCGAACAGGUCGACGCCAACUCUACAUUCGCCGCCGUCGCUGUGAACAACGACACGCUCUACGCCGGAGGUGUGGUUACUGGGACAGUGAACGACAAGUCUGUUGUCGGGAUUAUUGCUUACGACCUCGCAUCGAACAGCUUCCCAAAUGUUCAGCCACCAGCGCUUCAAGGCAACAAUGUCAUCGUCAACGCUAUUGCACCUCGGCCAAAGUCCGGCGAGAUCUAUGUCGGAGGACGCUUCCAGUCUGGAGGAGAAUUCACCUGCCCUGGUCUUUGUAUGUGGAACAGCCAAACCAGCCAGUGGAAUCGGCCAAACAACAACGUUGCGGGUGUAGUCAACGCUUUGGUCUGGACCUCAGACACCACACUGCUCGUUGCCGGUAACUUGACAUUCGGCGACAACAGCACCACGAUCCUUUCGUUUGACCAGUCGAAGAACCAGUUCACAGAAAUCGCGGGUGCCAAUGCCCUACCAGGGCCCGUCACUGCGGUUACCGUUGCCACCAAGGAGGGUGACGAGCUCUGGGCUACCGGCAACAGCACGGAUGGUACUGCAUACCUUCAACGCUUCGAUUCCAAAAAGUGGACUGCCGUUGACCCCGCAUUGUUCGGUGCCGGCACAGAUAUUCGUGGCAUCCAAGUUCUCAGUCUAACUGAGGAUCAUGAUGCUGCAGCCCUCAUCUCCCGCGACCAGGACCUGUUACUUAUGGGUCAGAUCAACAUCACCAACUUUGGUACUGCUUCCGGCGCCUUCUUCAACGGCACCACCUUGACCCCCUUCCUCCUUGCAACAACAGCCGACAACACCCCUGGAAGCCUCUCGUCAAUCUUUGUCGAGAACCCGAACAUGUUCUUCAGAGAGUCCAAGAAGCAUCUCGCUCUUGGCUUCAUCGUUCUCAUCGCUCUCGCUAUCGCAUUGGCACUCACUUUCCUCCUCGUCGUGAUCGGCAUCGCUAUCGAAUGGUAUCGCAAGAAGGCACAAGGCUACUCCCCGGCCCCACAAUCUUACCCUGAUCGGCUAGGCAACGGCGGAUACAUGCACAUGGACGCUGUCGUCAUGGCGCCCAUCGUUUGCAAUGAUCUGCCGUAUGCGCAGGCUUAUGAGAAUGCCAUUCAGCUUUACAAGGAGAUCCCAAUGACUUACAUCCUCUGCGAGAAGGACGUGGUGAUUUUCUGGGAGAUCCAGCAGAGAUUCAUUAACACGAUCGAGGAAGUCAGUAGGAACAAGGUGGAUGUGAAGAAGAUUGAUGCGGGGCAUAUUCCAAUGUGGAGUAAGCCGGAUGAGAUACUCAAGCUACUCCUUGAGGCUGUGCAACAUUAG